AUGCAACAUCAAGAUAUCAAGCCAGUUAUUUGGACUAAAAAUGACAGAAAAACGAAGCCAAAAAAUAUUGAUGAGGCUCGUAAAUUAGGUAUGGAUGUUGAAGUAGAAAAAAAAUUUUUAGGAGGUAAAAAUAAAUCAUGUAAAGGAAAUUUAAUUAUAGAAAAUAAAGCAAAAAUUGAACAAGAAACAGAAAAUUUUAAAAUUGAUAGAGUUACACCUGCUUUUUCACGAGCUUUACAACAAGCUAGAAUGGCAAAAAAAUUAACACAAGUACAAUUAGCAAGACUUGUCAAUGAACCUGAAAGUGUUAUUAAAGAAUAUGAAAAUGGUAAGGCAAUACCAAACAAUAUGAUUAUUCAAAAACUAAAUAGAGUACUAGGUGUUAAUUUACCUUCACCAAAAAAAAAAUAA